AUGGCACCCCCCCUCCGCUCACGCACGCUCAAGAAGAACGAACUGCCCACUUUCCUCAAACCACUCAAACCCGUCCUCUUCUCCGAAUCCACCUCCCGCCCCUCACCCUUGGUGCAAAAGAUCAGUUCCAUCAGCUGGUCCCCCACCGGAUCCCUUCUCGCAACAUGUACUUCCUCCAGCAUUCGCGUCUGGCACUCCGACCGACCGAACGUCAAAACCAGCAUUGAGCUGAAGAACGCGCAUCCCAAGGGCGGCGUGGCGUUUGGUUCGCAGGGAGUGAGUGGGGAUGUGGUGGAGAAGGUCGCUUUCUCCCCGACCACGGAGAAUGUGUUGGCGAGUAGUGGGUUUGACGGUAUGGUGCGGUUGUGGGAUGUGAGGAUGCCGUCGGGCAAUGCUGCUACAGCGGGGAAAGGAACGGCGGCGGCGGAUUGUAGGGUUGGUGGGGAAGCUGUCUUCUUGACCUGGGGGCCGAAUGGGACGGAGAUGCUUGUGGGGAGGAAAGACGACGUCGUACAUUCGGUCGAUGUACGGAGGAUAACCAGUACCGAUCUCACGCCACAAUACGAGCUUAGUCCUGAGCGCCUCAUGGAAAAGGGCAGCACGACCUACUACGGCAUGGCCUUCUCGAAUGGUGGCAGCGAAGUCUUCGCCACAACCACGGACGGCACGGUCCAAAUUCUCGACUACCCCUCUAUGAGGCUCCUCCACACCCUCUCCGGCCAUUCAGGCCACUGCUACGCCGUCGCCCACUCGCCCACCGGUACUCACCUUGCCGUCGGUUCCGCCGACGGACUCAUAAGCCUCUGGGACACACACACCUGGCUCUCCACCCACUCCCUCUCCGCUCCAAGCCAAACGACGAGCAUAAGAGAUCUAUCCUUCUCCUUCGACGGCUCGUACUUAAUUGCGGGAGCGGGGAUCAACGAAGGCAAGGACGGCGGACCUGGACUGAAUAUCUACCACGUCGAUACGGGUGAGGUCGUGCAUACGCUCGACACGACGAAUUGUCCGACGCAUGUUGCGUGGCAUCCGACGCGGUAUUGGAUCGCGUUUGCGGGGGAUCCGGGGGGGUUGAAGGUGCUGGGGAGUGGGACGGCAUUAUGA